AGAAUGACAUUGCUUUUUUUCUGCAAGAAGAUCCUAGUUUUCUCAAUAUCACAGUUAAGUUACUUUCAUUGCGCAUAAAAUAUAAAUAUUCUGUGUUAUGCUUUCAGGCAGUAUUUCUGAAUACAAACCAGCUACAUUGUAUAUGGAAAAUUGCCAGAACUUUGUCUCUUGACAUUUAUGUUCUAUCUUCAGGAGUCUAAUUAUGGGAAGGCCAAUCUGUUAUCAGUCCUAUCACAGCCUGCUGGCCUACUUCCUAAAAUGACAUUCAGCUUGCUUUUAAAGGAGUAGACUGGGGAAAUGUCCAAUUACACAGAUUUCCUACUUUCUUCCAAUGUAAUUCAGUGGCUACAAAUGUUUGUUGUGCAAUGCUAUUUUUUUUAUUUAUUUAUGCAUGCAUGCAUGCAUAUGAGGCUUUGUGCUAGUGCUAAGAGCAGUUCAGUAAUCUCAAACAGGUUAUAUUUAUCAUAAUAGAAAAAUGAGCAAAAAAUACAAGCUUCUCUAAUUUAUUAAAGAAUUUUGAAAUAUCAGAUGUUGCACAGCAAACCUGCUGUAUUUAAGGUAACCUAAACAGCAAAUGCACCUUUGUUUGUGUAAAUUUAAUCUUGUCAUUGUGUUUAAAAAAAAGGCAUUGUGGGAUUACUGCAGAUCUUUAUUUUAUUUUCAUUUCUUCGGUAGAAGAAACAAAUGCUUUGGGUGAUCAUGUUUACCUUCGACUAUUGUAGUGAAUUCUCUGGAAGCCUGAGUGGAAGGUGCAUGCCAUUAAUGCCAUUCUCUCACUACACUGCUGAAUGUCUGCAGAGGUAAUGGAAGUCAAGCUGGAGCAGGAACACACUGAGGAUCUCUUUUGUAGUAUCUGAAAGCUUGAUCACUCGCACCGUGGUGAUCGCAGGAUCAGUAAGCCUGCGCCGGCACAACACGAAAACCAAAACAGAAGUACAAACACGCCCACUUCAUGAUGUCAUUUUGAUAGUGCGAGCUGCUCGUACAUGGUAAACCUCAGUGGCCUCCCCCACAUGUCAAUGCCUAAAAUUACCUCCGGCAACAGCUGAGCCCCAGCUCUCUCUCUCUCUCUCUCUCUCUCUCCGUCUGCUUCUCUUCUCUCCCUCGCACUCUCUGGCCCUGUCGCUUGCUUUAUGUGAACAUGACGCGCUUUAGUUACGCGGAAUAUCUCUCGUUGUUCCGUUCCAGUGGAGUGACCAGUCACCGGAGGGGCUCUGACAGCGGAGCGCGGUGCGAGGAGCCCGGUGACGUCACGCCAGCCCCAUCACAGGAGCCCAUAAUGCUGGCAAUUAGGAGAGGUGAUGUGCAGACAGUGACUGAACUAUCAACAUCCAUAUCAUGCAUCCAGACCCAUAGUGCAGUGGAAGACUGGACAGCCCUCCAUGAAGCAGCGUAUUAUGGGCAAGCAGCCUGUGUAAAAGCUCUACUUAAAGUUAAACCCACUUCAGUAGAUAAGCGCACUCUCCAGGAGCAGACUGCUCUUCUAAUUGCAACUGAUGGGAAGCACCUGGAGUGUGUGAAGUGUCUUCUGGAGGCAGGUGCAGACCCAGAUAUCAGCAAUAAAAACAAAGAGACACCACUUUAUAAAGCUUGUGAAAAAGAGAGCAUUGACAUAGUGAAGGUGAUCCUGGCAUUUGGAGGUUCAGUAAACCAGCGCUGCCAUCGCGGCUGGACAGCUCUCCAUGAAGCAGUGAGACAGGGGAACACACAGCUCUGUGAGGCUCUCCUUCAGGCCGGAGCUGCCAUUGAUGCCACCAACGCUUACGGUAUCACUCCACUCAUAGAGGCAGCUCGGCAUGGCAGGACAACGAUUGUGAACUACCUCAUUAGUAAAGGUGCUGGUGUGAACCUACAGUCAUGUGAAGGGACUACGGCUCUAAGUGAAGCAUGUAAACAUGGUCACAGAGACACGGUAGACUUUUUGCUCAGACACCAUGCAGAUGCCAACAAAUGCUCAAAAACUGGACUGCUGCCUUUGCACAUUGCUGCUCAGCAUGGCCAUGAAGAGAUUGUGUCUUUAUUGCUGCCUGUCACUAGUCGUGCAAAAAUACGACAAAGUGGCAUCACUCCCCUUCAUCUGGCAGCUGAGUUCAAUCAGGAAAAUGUUGUCAAAUUCUUGAUCAAGUCAGGCUGUGAUGUGAACGCAAGGCUGUCCCACGAGCGCUCAUCCAUGUUUCAUGACCACCGCAGCACAGCUCUGUAUUGCGCUGUUCUAGCCGGUAAUGGAGGAGUUGUGGACUUGUUGCUCAGGGCUGGUGCAAACCCCAACCUGGACCCCCUCAGCCCACUGCUAGUUGCAUUACGCCAGGGAUGUUUUAGGAUUAUAUCCACACUGGUGGAACAUGGAGCAAAUGUUAAUGCUCAUGUACCAGCCCAUCCCACUGAUUUCCCAGGAGUGCUGUUGUAUACCCAUAGCAUGGGAAUUUUACAAUAUCUGUUGAACAACGGAUGUGAGGCUCAGGAGUGUUUCAGGUGUGACCAUACAGACAGCAGGCAACCUGCUAGCCAAAGCAGAAGGGAGGAUACAGAACAGAGGACUCCCUCAGUGACAGGAAAUGCAUUUCCAUCACAAACAAUCUGUACAGAAUCAACCACCAGAAAUCUGCAGUUUUGUGAGUGGAUUUCCUCUGUGAGUCAUAUGGCUGCACCUCUGAUCACUUUGCUACUGGAUUAUGUUGGAAAUGUCCAACUGUGUUGUCGAGUCGUUGAACAAUUAAAAAGCAAAAAAGAGUGGGCUGCCAUUAAGGAAAAAGCAUCUUCUCCUCGUCCACUGAUGCAUCUGUGCAGGCUGAAGGUUCGUGAGCAAGUCGGUGCCCAGAGACUGGCAUCUCUAAAUACUCUUCCACUACCAGGCAGACUGCUCCACUAUCUGUGCUGUUCACAGGACAGCGCUACAGAUUAUACAGUCCUAAAGCUUGGGUCCACUCACAGAUAAAUUGCAAGUUACGUGAGAUUUCUUUCCUACCAUUGUUGGACAGUUUGUAUCAGUUGUGCUUUUUUGUGGUUGUCUACACAGUUUUAUCUAUUUAUAAGAAAAGAUGAGAGAUCACAUUUGAGGUACUUCUAAUUUAUGAUGAAUACUUGUAAUAGGUAUACAACUGCAAUUAACCAUUAUCCACAGCAUAGCCAAAGCAAUGAUUAUCUACAUACUACUGUAGUAAUUGUACUUAUUACACUGGAGCACAGAGACUGAACAAGCUUCAUGUGUGUUGUGACUGAAAACAAUAUUUACACACAAUGUAAAGUCUCCUCACUCAAAAUGAUAUCAUUUUAAUCAUGUGAUGUGUUUGUGUGUUUUUGGUUUGGUAGUCUCCACCAUAUCAUAGGCCCUACAUCAAGCCAAAAUGUGCAUUCUUAGUGAAGUGCAUCAGUUAUACAGGUAAAACAUGAAAAACCUGCUUGCACUGAAAUGUUAAUGUGAAUAUCAUUGUUCAGGCGUUCAUGUGAUGUUUAGACGAGGUUUAGCAUAUUGAGGAUGUGUGGAUUUAUGCAUUGACAGGCAUAAGUUGAAUAUAAUAUAAGAUGUGUGAGGAGGACAUACAUGGAGCCAAACAGUGAAACAAUGAACUGUGAAAAAGAACACAUGUUGGUAUUAAAGUAAUAUUUUUAA